GCUGCGUUUAACCGAAAGGCUAUUAUUUCGAAUCUAUUUGAAGCCAUUUCGCCGGGGUCUCGAGCACUGGGAUACGAAAGGGAAAUAAGGUAAUUACAAAAACGCAGUCCGAUUCUCUGACCGGCGCAGAACAUCGGUGUAUCGACUGGCGGAAUUAGAGCCAGUAUGAAAGGACACGCAGGCGUAGUUUCCUGACCUGCUUACUUUGUAAAGCUUGUCCCCCACAGGCGAAGUGAUUUGGAUGGUUCCAUGUAAAUGGAGGGGCUCAACACGCAAUUCGCCAAAUAGGUUGUUUUUUCAAGCAGUCCGACGCCCCUCUCCUUCUGAUCACAGGAGUCACAGUCCAGCAGCUGAUUGCUUUGAUUUCCGUACAGACUACAUAUCAUCACCCUAAAACUAGUCUAUUCUAGUUAGCCACCCACUAAUGGCCGCUCCUGUUGUCAAAGUCAUCAAGUUCUGAUGAAGAUUUGAAUGAAGACUGGGUGGAGGAGAGAUUUUUCUGACCAUUAUUUGUUGGGAAACUACCAAUAGAGAACAGGCCCCCGUCCCAUCCGCGGCCUUGCGUAGGAAUACUAUCAAUAUAUUCGAGUCAUGGGGGAUACCGGCAGUGAACGCAGCAAACCACCCAGUUUACCACCUCGGUGUCCCUGUGGAUUUUGGGGGUCCAGCAAAACCAUGAACCUCUGCUCCAAAUGUUUUGCUGACAUUCAAAAGAAACAGCCGGAUGUGGAAUGUUCUUCAAAGUCCAGUCAAAGCCCUGGAAGCAGCCAGUCAGCUGUCUACAAUAACGAAACUAACAGUGGAGGUACCACAAGUCAGCCCCUACUGUCUCCUCCCACCUGCCCUGAGCAGCCGUCAGCUGAAGAUGUCAGCCCAGCACAUCCAAACACACAGGAGGGACAGUCAUGUACAGACAAAACCCUAGGUCCUCCCAGCACACCCACAAAACGAUCCUGCAACUCUGAGGAUGAGGCAUCGCCGGGGAAACGGCCAAGGCAAGAUGAGGGGCCGUCAGGGUUGGAGGCGUCGCCCGGGCCCAAACAAAAGAACCGUCGCCGUUGCCAUCGCUGCCAGUCCAAACUGGAGCUGGUGCAGCAAGAACUUGGCUCCUGUCGCUGUGGGUACGUCUUCUGCAUGCUUCAUCGUCUGCCUGAGCAACACGAUUGCCUGUUCGAUCACCUGGGACGUGGGCGCGAGGAGGCCGUGCUGAAAAUGGUGAAGCUUGACCGAAAAGUGGGCCGCUCGUGCCAGCGAAUUGGAGAGGAGUGCUCCUGAGACUAUACCAACCAAUCAGCUACCACAACAAGGCGCUUAAAGAGGGGAGGGGCUGG